GAGGCAGGGGCGAGGCACGGGAUCACUGCUAGGGUCUUUGUCUCUGGAAAGGGAAGAGGCGGUUUCCCAUAUCGCUUUGAGGUUUGUGUGGAGAGGUGAGGAUGACAGUAGCAAGGGCAACGCUGCAGCUGUUGCUGACGUGGAUGGCACUUGUGGCAUUCUCGCAGGCCGACGAAGUAGAGGUGCUAAAAGACGGUGCUCUGCUACAGUGGUACACCGGCCUAGCCAGCACUCUGUACCAUGCCCAGAAGCAGCUGGCCUCUGCGGGGAAUGCUCAGACCGAUACUCACUCUGUCAGCCAAACCAAUGCACAGACUGAUUUUGAGACGAAGGUUCAGACUGAUGCUCACAGCGGGGCUGAGGCUGCUGGCGGGGAUUUCUCCCUCGAUACCAUCACGAACUACGAGUACAGCAAGAGUGAAGUGCUGGGAGAGAGCCACGCGUCCCUUGAAAACAACGCAGCCUCCACAGUCACAACCACCACGGCCACCUCACCUCAAGCACCAAACUGCGGCGCCGUGGUGGAUGGCUCCUUGGCUGGUGCUGGCGUGCUCACCUCUCCAGGCUAUCCUGACCAGUACGGCCAGGGACUGUACUGCGUGUGGACCAUCGUGGGAGGGAAGGGCAAGCGUGUCCGUCUGCUGUUUGAGGACUUUGAGGUGACCAAGACACCCUCGUGCAGCGGUGAUUACCUGCGGGUGUCUGUCACAGGUUCUUCCAAUGACACCCACGCCGUCCCCUUGUGUGGCACUGAUGUUCCUGGUGAAUUCCUGAGUGACCAGGACGUCAUCUACAUUGAAUUCCGUUCCACUCCUGACGGCGAUACUUGCAGGGGAUUCUCGGCCAGGUAUAGCGUGGAGGAAGUGGUCGUGACGUGUGGCCAAGAGGUGUCCUUCCUGGAAUUCGACUUCGAGAAUCCUGAGUACCCAGAGCAGAUAGCCAAUGACUCCAGCCACUGCCAACUAACCGUCUCCCAUGACUGCGAGGUGCCCAUUUGUCAGGUCAGAUUGGAUUUCGUGGAGAUGGAGCUUCAGCCGCCCGUGUAUGGCAACUGUGACCACGAUGAGUUUAUGGUGCGAGCCAACGAGCCUGUUCCCGUGCUUUGUGGCAGCAACUCAGGCCAGCACAUGUACGUGGACGUGGCAGGACGUGCCAGCACCAGCCUGCACGUACUGCUCUCACCCAUCCUGCCCAAGCCUGUGGGGCACGUGACCGAUCCCGACACAGGAGACACACACCCACUGGAGUGGAGAUUUGAAGUGGAAGAGAAGAGGAGAUGGAAAAUUCGUGUCAACCAGAUUCCCUGCGAUUGUUCUUACGAUCACUUGAAGCCUCAGAGUCCAAGAGCUCCCACAGGUUGUCUGCAGUACCAUGUAGGGGUGAGGGAGAUGAUCAGCAGCUUCAACUUUGGCGGCACCAAGCUGGACUAUGACUCUUGCUGGAACGGAACUGAGAGGGACUGUGGUCGCCAAGUGUGGACAGGCCACCUCAACAACCUGGACUACCACGUGUGUGUGCGCGCCGCCGAGGGAUACUGUGGCAUCAUGUACACGCCCACGGGUCCUGAGUCCUUCCUCCUCAAUGGCGAGACUCCUUUUAAUACCACAGAACUGGGGAAGAACCUGUACGGCUCGAAGGGCUGCCAAGCGGAUUACGUGCUCGUACCCAAGAGUCGAACCCCUGGGGACAACGACCCUUGGAGCCACGACAGGUUCUGCGGCCAGGCGCUCGGAAAUUACGUGAAGGGUCCCAUUGUCAGUUACUCCACUCCGUUCUACAUGCAGGUGAAGACAGAUGAGGAUGAGUUUUCCCGCAGCAUCGACAUAGGGAACCGUGGCUUUGAGCUUCAGUACACUCAGCUGCCCUGCUCCGGUCCUUACCUCUUCAAUGGUGAUCAGAAAUUCGUAGGAUAGAGCAAAGGCACUGUGUGGUAGUUGGUGGUGGUCCUGUACUACUCGUACAUCUGAGGAAAGGCACUUUUCACUCUUGUUUUAUGAAGAAGACGAAGAAAAAGAAGAAGAAGAAGAAGAAGAAGAAGAAGAAGAAGAAGAAGAAGAAGAAGAAGAAGAAGAAGAAGAAGAAGAAGAAGAAGAAGAAGAAGAAGAAGAAGAAGAAGAAGAAGAAGAAGAAAAGGAGGAAGAAUAAUUAUAUAUGAUAGUGAAGAAUAAACAUCAUUAAUAGGCAAACUCCAGUCUAUAUCAACAACAACAGUAGUAGCAGCACUACCACCACCACCACCAUCACCAUCAAAAGUAGCACCAGCACCAGCACCAAAAGAAACAACAACAACAACAACAAUGGCAAGACUAUUUACGUGACGAUAAUGCAAAAAUGGAUACUCAUGCUGGUAUUUUGUCGUUGUUGUUCCCGUAGAGUUUAUUUAAUGCCUUUAAUACCAAACUGUCACCACUAAUGAUAUAGUUAAGUGCUUGUGUACUCCAGCUUGUUACGUAAUAGUCUCAUAAUAUGUCAACGAGGCUUGUAAUGUGUGGGAAUGUCCUCCGCGUGGACUGAGUGAGUUUGGUUUGGUUCAUAACUAACCGUCUUUCUAGACACAUGUAUCUAAAGCAUGGGAUAAAAUCAGAAUUGGAGACAUUUUAUUUGCAAAGGCGAAAUAAUGACACACACACACACACACACACACACAC